AUGGGGAAGUAUAGUAAAACACAUCCCCAUGACCGACAUGGCAUUCUACGGGCGCACUCACAGGCCAUCGACAGCCUGCAGGCGGAGUUGGAGGCAGCGCGGCGGGGUGAGCGGGAGGCCGAGGAGCGUUCCGUGCACGACGCCAAAGCCGCGUCAUCGGAGCUGGCAGAGUUCACGCUUAGGACUGAGCGGCUUCAGGAGCAGCUGAGACAUGAGCACGAGGAGACUCUGAAUCUGGCACGCAUGGAGCUGGCCGAAUAUCGUGCAUCGCACACGCACGCCGACUCAGAGUACGACGCUCACGUCGUGCACAUCGCGGUCCUGCAGAAGGAGCUGAAGGAGCGUGACGAGCUGCUGCGGCGCUCUGAGGCCGACCUGGUGGUGGCACAGGAAGUGGCACGAGAGCGUGGCACUGAAGCCGAGCGGCUGGGCGCCGAGGCCGCGGAGCUGAGUGUGACCGUGCGUGACCUCUAUGCCAACCAAGAGGUGCAGCAAACUAAGGUGGACACCCUGCGGGAUCAAGCGCUGGAGUUGCAGCAACGGCUGCAGGAGACCAACACUUGCUUCGAGGAGACCGGUGGGUCGGGGCCUGUGCUCCCAAUCUUUCUAAAUCCACGGACCCAUUGAACACUCAUUUUUGUAGACCACUAUGCACCAAUAACUUAUUUUCACGAGUUUAAACGAGUCUAAGUCCUAGAAACAUUUCACACGUGGACCACUUCCAUUGUCUAACAUAGUAGGACUGCACUGGGUUUACUAAAUGCUCUCUCACUAAGUCCUUCCUGUGCAUGUAUUAUUAUUUUGGACCCUGUUUGAAUGCAAGCUGGUGAAUAAGUUUGAGGUACCUAAUCCCUCUUAGCCCUGAGUCUCUGCUACUACUCCCGCUGCUGUUACUCUUCCUCCUGAUGCUUGCUGCUCUUUCUCCACCUGCUGCCGCUGGUGGCUAUACUGUCUUCAUCGCCGUGGUUUUGUGUCCCUUUCGACAGCCAAUUCUCUGAAGCAACAGCAUGAGCGUGCGGAGCUGUCUCAGGCAGAUCUGGUGGCGAUGCAGGCACGGCUA